AUGGACUGUAAUGAUGAAGUGGUCGACAUGCGUAAACGCAGUAUUUACGAGCAUGAUUCUGACCCAUCCUUCAAAAAACGAAUAAAAAGUUCAAUUAACUCUGUUUCUGAAAACAACGAAGAGGAUACCCUAGACAAUCGGGCCCCAGAAAGCAAACCAAGUCUAUCUCCAGGUGAACCCUUAGGCGGGGAAACGGAUUUUUCCGAAGGUGAUGAGAAUGAAGAUUAUACCGUUUGUGAGGUAGGUGGUGGUGAAGGCGACGAAAACCAAUACUUUUCAGCUGCUCUGAAUCCCAUGGAUCCAGCUCUCCGUGAAUUAAUUCGAAAAUAUAUACGAGCUGACUACGUCAUAAAUUGUUUAGAAUUAGCUGGAUUUGACAAUGCAGUCGUAUUUUCCUGCCUGAAUAAUGAGACGAAUAUUCGAAGAUUGGAGAAUUUCGUUGGCACCACUUGUGGUCUGAUUACUUCUCAUAAAAUUCGUCAGCAUUUCCUUGGUCCAUUAUACGCUCGACAUCCGAGUAAUUUUAAGCUACCUGCUGGUGUUGUCUGUGGUCUUCGCUUAGCUGUUGAGGAACUGAAAAGAUCAAAUGGUUUUCUAACACUACCCUCUACAUCCUAUAAUGUAAUUUCCGAUGUUGCCACACAAACGGAUUGCUCGAAUCCCGGUGUAUCAUCCAUGGCUUCAUCUUCUGAAGGUAGUCCUCCAGAUCCUGCUUUUGCAAACGGAGGAGUCGACUCAAGUCUCAUUCCUCCCCCUGCCCAUAUUUCUUCCACAGAUAAUCUUUCUUUUGCGAAUCAUCCAUCCCUGCCAAAUCCUUCCUCCUCCUUUGAUGGAGAUUGUAAAAGACUCCUGGACUGUAUGAAUGGAGGCAGAUUCCCAUUGCCAACACAAUCUCAAUCCACCUCUCCUCAAUCAAGGUAUUCAUUUUCUGAUAAUAUUGAUGUGGAAAGACUUAUUCAUCAUUCCUCCGCUAGUGCAUGUCGCUUAGCCGCUCGACAAUUUGUCAACGCCAAUCUUGUGCGUGGGCAGCACUUUGACAUGGAGAUGGAGGUCACAGGUGGGGGUGAAAAUGGUCAAAAACGAGUGACUGGCAUCUUCUACUGUCAUCUCUGUCGAGAGAAACGCGAAAGAACAUGUGCUGUGCGCUUUUCUGUCGCAAGAAAUCGCUACCCUGUUAUGAGCAACGUUCUAUCACAUUUGAAAACGCAUUUCCAAUAUCAAUCGAGCGUUAGUGCCUCUAGUAAUGGAGGGUCGUCUGGUGGAUUAAAGAAGCUUCCUCCUCCUAGUGUUUCUCCUAAUGCACUUAUGGAGAAUCCAUCACCCAACCCCUCCCUCCUGCCUCCUGCGGGUCCUCCUCCUCCAUUCCUAUCUCCAAACUCAUUUUGCAACCUUGUUUCACGAGUUGUCCAAAUCGCUGCAUCAGCCAAUCAACUAUCUCCUGGAGAUAUGACCUUGGCCUCACAGGUACCCUUAGUUUCCCCUCCCCCACCUUCUUUGCCUUCAAAGUUGAGUCCGGUAAAUUGA